UCUGAACUGAUUCGUCUCUUGAAGCGUAGCGCGACAGAGAAGAAAAACGCUCGAACACUUCACUCUCAUUUUCUAGGGUUCCAUUUCGAUCUUUGCAAUGCAGAAGAAUCUAGGAUUCCCAAUCUCCAAAAGCCUCGACCAAUUCAAAUCGCUGUACGGUUCAAUUUCGGCAACACCGAAGCCAUUAUCUUCGCGUCCUUCUGCGGAUUCCGUUUCGUCGGGGAGUUUCGCAAACCUGAAGCUCACCGCAGGUGUUGAACCGAAUUUCAUAUCGAUUUCGAUUUUCCUCCUGAGCGAAGAUUGUGUCGGAAAUUUUGAUCGUAAUAUGGCCAUGCCGUUGAUUUUUUCAUGUGUAGAGAAACUGGUGAAAGAGCAAGCUUCGGUGAAGACUGAUCUUGAAAAUGCGAAUUCUAAGCUUAAGAAGUCGCAGGAGUAUGUACAUGCAUUAGAAGAAAAAUUGCAGAAUGCGUUAAACGAAAACGCGAAGCUCAAGGUCAAGCAGAAGGAAGAUAAGAAAAUGUGGAAGGGAUUGGAGUCUAAGUUCUCUUCUACUAAGACUUUAUGUGAUCAACUUACAGAGACUUUGCAGCAGCUGGCUGGUUUGGUUCAGGACGCUGAAAAAGAUAAGGAAACAUUGGAAAAUAAACUGUCAGCUAGUUCAGAAGCGCUUGAUAGCUUGAAUAAACAGAUGGAUGGUUUGUCUUUGAAGCUAGAUUCUGCACAGGAAACAAUUAGUACACGUGAUAAUGAGCUAGAGAAGAUCAAAUAUGCUACAGAAGAAAGGGAGAAAUUUCACAGAGAUGAACAGUGCAGAGUUACCAAUGUUAUACAAGACAAGGACACUAUGAUAAGGAAUUUAGAAGAAAUGUUAACAUCUAGUAGAUUGGCUACAGAGAAUUUGAACUCAAAGUUGGAAGAGGUUCACCUACAGUUAAAAGUUAAAGAAGAUGAAAUUAUGCAUCACUUAACCAGUCAAGAGAAAUUGGAGAAAGAAAAGAGUGAUCUUCAAUUGUGGAAUGCAGGGCUUGCAGAAAAGCUUGACAUGUCACUUCAGGAAAUCAAAAACCUUGAAGAAUCACUUCAUUCAUUGGCUGCACAUUUGUCAAAUUUAGAUAAAGAAAGCCUGAAUCUUUUGAGCAAGUUUGAUGAAAUGAAUUUGCUCUAUGCUUCUUGCUUCCAGUUGGUUCAGCAGGAGAGAGAAACUUUCUCAAAGCAUGCUCGAUACCAGUAUAGUGAGCUUAACAAUAAAUUUUUUGUCUUGGAAUUAGAAAAUAAUGCAGCUCAAAUGAAAAUUCAUGAGUUAAGCAAAAAUGUGGAUGAACUUCAGAAAGUUCAUGAAUCUACUCUAGCCAAGCUUACAGAGGACUCUCGAUUAGCUGCUGAGAGAAUUCAAAGUUUGGAGUCAGAAGCUGAAACUUUAAUCUCAAAAAAGAAAGAUGCAGAGGUUUUAAUUUCCAAAUUAGAAAAGAAAGCUGAUUUUUUGCUAGAAAGUUCUAGAUCAUCAGAGAACCAAGUGCAAGGUUUACUGCUGAAGGUUUCAACCUUAGAGACUGAAAGCAAAGAAAAUACAGAAAGACUGCAGGCAGAGAUGUCGAAGAAAUCAGAUGAAAUAGAUACUUUGCAAAACGAGAGAAUGAAACUAGAGCAGCAUGCUGAUUCUCUUGAUAAAGAAGUCAUCCAGCUUCAGAAUUCCUUGGAGGAAAAAGAUAAGUGUAUUUUACAUUCUAAGGAACAGGAAAAGAAGCUGGAAGAUCAGAUUGCAGAGAAUCUAUCAUUAUUGACUGCUGCUGAAAGCAAACUUUCAGAGGCUAGAAAGCAAUAUGAUCAAAUGGUAGAGAAUAAACAGUUAGAACUAUCAAGGCAUUUGAAAGAAAUAUCUCAGAGAAAUGAUCAGGCUAUUAAUGAUAUUAAGAGGAAGUAUGAGUUGGAGAAGAUGGAAAUUGUGAACAUGGAAAAAGACAAGGUUAACAAAGCCAUUGCAGAAAUUGAGGGAAAGUGUGGCCAAAAACUUGCAGAAUGGAAAGAAGAAUCAAGGCAGCAGUUGAUGCGCAUUCAGGAGGAACACGCGUUGCUCGUUACUCAAAUGAAGCAGGAGCAUGACAAGAUGCAACUAAGCCUCAUAGCUGAACACAAUGAACAACUAAAGCGUACCCAACUGCAAGCUGAGAAUGAACUGAGAGAGAAAACAAUGUUUAUGAGGAAUGAUCAUGAAGCUCAGAUUAAAGCAUUGAGGUGUGAACUUGAAGAUGAGUGUCAGAAGCUGGAAGAGGAGUUGCAUCUUCAAAAAUCCAAAGAAGACAGGCAACGGGCUUUGUUGCAGUUGCAGUGGAAAGUGAUGAGUGACAAGCCCAAAGAGGACCAAGAAGUGAAUUCAAAACAGGAUUACUCCAUUUCAUCCAUUAAGAGAAGGAGUUCUUUUGGUGGUAAAAGAAAUCAGCAUGACCUAGUAAGAAUGGACUCUCCUCACAUUGAAGCGACACAAAGACCAGUACCAAAGUUGUUGAAAAAAGUGGAGAACGUUAAAACAGGAAGUGCAGUGAGCAUUCCCAAGCAUCAUAGAAAGGACCCUAGAAAUGGGAAGACAAAUACACCAAAAGUAAAUACCCCUGGAAGUGUUGUUAAGAUGCAGAGCAUCAAAGGAGGAGGCCAUCCUCGUCCUUCAAAUAUUGGUGAUUUGUUUUCAGAAGGGUCUCUUAAUCCAUAUGCGGACGAUCCCUAUGCAUUUGAUUAGUGGUUUGGAUCUACUGAUGACGACAGACUAAUAGAUAGAUGCAAUCCCCUUGUAAUUUGUUAAUUCAAAGAAUUACUCCUGUUUGAACUGUCUCUGUUGAACGGUAUUGUAGCAGGUUUUGUAAUUGUAAAUGACAAACAUGACAUAAUACUUUCAUGAUAUAAGAACAUAAACUGUAAA